UCUUUUACUUUCUACCCCAGAAACGGCAGAGGAGCUGGAUACAAAUAAGUUCACUAGGAUCAGGGAUGGAACUAGUACACAGAGACAGGAUUUUACCCAGCCCUCUGAGAAUACUGCAGAAGAUAACUACCAAAACAGCAGAGAAGGCAAUGUGAAGUGGAUAGGGGGCUCCAUGAGAGCUACGACUAUUACGCAGACUGCACCAUAAGACAGAAGGAAUCAUAUCUAUUCGCGGCUGACCAGAUCUGCGUGGGAGCACGGCUAGGUUCACGAGACAGAACCCAACGGGAACAGAAAUGGCUACGAGUGUCCCGAGGAGAGAGACUACUACUCUAUUGCCCCCACACCCCCUGGAGGGAUAUUGCAGUCUUGACAGACAACACUCUACACUCUGCAAUUUCUACAAGAACGAGAGUUUCAACGUCAAGCCACGAGGGAUCUGUCGCGGCCAGAAAUUUGGGGACGAAGCCGGCGGGAGGCCUUACUCCCUCACACAACCAGGAGGAUUGUGAGGGGGAUGAAGACCCAGGAGUGUGGUUCACGGAGUAUGCCUCACAUCGACAUCUCCUCGGCAGCGAACCAGAGAGCCUGCGAGGCAGAGAUAGCCAGCAGUGGUGAUGGUCUGGCGGGUGGUCUGGAGCCCACCCAGCUACGACGUGCCCGCGCAGUGCCUCGUCUCCCGGGCCCUCCGGAGUGCCAGCAGGUCGGGUGGACGAGGGUUAAUCACCUCGGAAACGGCCGUGAGGGAACCCUCAUUACACCUGGCGUCUCCUUACUUCCCGAGUGGCAAAAACAAGAUUGCUGUCCUCAGGAUCAGGAAGGACAAACUAGGUGUGUUGGUUCACUCGCCAAUUACUUAGUUUUGUCCUCCAAACAUGGUAUGGUGUGGGUGGGUUGUGGCUGGGUUGUGGCUGGGAGCAAGAAGGAACUGGAGUACAAUAUCUCCACUGAUGACUACGAUCCGUGGAGAACCAACUCUUCUUACAAUGAAAACCUGUUUUUUGGUAUCCGCUCCCCCAUCACGCAGAACCCAUAUGUCAACAUCGGCGCCACCACCAACAAGCCGCUCCGUCUCGCCAUCAACACCGCCCAGUUUGGCCGGACCUUCCAGGACCGAAGCCACGUCUUCGAACUCCGACCCCGCUCCCUCCUGACGAACUCCGAGGCCCGCAGCUGCGAGAUACUCAACCUGAACGUGAGGGGAAAGAGGGGGAACAUUGUUCAGACUUACCCCGCCGUCGAGUACGACUUCUUUCCGAAUCGAUUCACGGUGACUGAGGCCCAGUGUCUCCAUGUGCAGUGGACAGGUGGGCAAUAGUGUUAAUACGGCGGCUCUAUAAUUAUUAUACCCAAGUUUUGGACACUAGAAAACAGAGACCGUACGUUGAUUUGGACAUGUUGGCCAUCAAACCCCUGUGCAUGUGCAACACAUUUUUGUGGUCUUGUGCAUGCCGAACUUCAUAUACUUUACUCAUUAUAGCGUGAAGCUCUCGGGGCAAGUGCUUGCUCUACAAGUGCUAUGUAAAUAACUAUGAAUGUUUUGUCAUUAUUCUAUCCACCAAUAAUUAUGCAGGAUCUAACACACACAACAACAACAGCCCAGCUGGGGACGGCCAGGCUGGCGAUGCAGGGGAAGGCACAGGAGGUACGG